AUGAGUUUGAAUAAAAAUAUUGACAGCUUGUAAGAAGGAAAUGUAACUAUUUAAAAAACAAAUGUUUUAGCUAGCAGAAUUUAAGAACCACUCAAGCUAAAAAUUCUUAUUCUUUAAGGGACAGAAAUAAUGGUUAAAGAAUUAGAAAAUAUUAAAUAAUGCUCAAACUUGAUAAAGCUCGAUAUAAGUAGCAAUAAAAUAUAGUCUUUUCCUAAGAAUGUUUCAUUCAAAAAUUUAACAUCUCUUAAGUUACUUUAUCUUCAUAAUAAUUUAAUUGAUGAUGCUGAGAGUUUGUAUAAGGUCUUUGAAAUACCUAAUUUAAUGUAUCUUACUAUUUUCAACAAUCCUCUAUCAACUAAGUGGUCACUUCGUCACUUUGUUGUUAAUUCUAUGCCUAAGCUAUUCGCCUUGGAUUUUAAUGCAAUUUCUGAUGAAGAAAGGAUGGAGAUGAUAUCAAAAACUGAUAGAUUUUAUGCUCUUUCUCCUUCUACAAAAAUAAAUUGGCCUCUUAUUAGCAUCCCCUCUGAAACUGUUCUCUAAGAUGAUGACUAUCUCCUCUUAAUGAGAGAAGAAAUUAAGAUUAUUAUUAAAAAAUAUUCAGAAAAUUCCCCAGUUGUGAUAAUAUAAAGGAUAUGGAGAGGCUACGUUUGCAGAAAGUAGCUCAAAAGUAAACUUAAAACAGCUGAAGAUCGCUUACAGAUGUCGUUAAGGGUAUCUCAGCAUUGGAAGAAACAUACUAUGAGGAAGCUAACUCUCAAAACGUUAUUAUAAGAAAGGGGAAAGGAAUAUUUAUUAUAUGAAAAAAAGUCAUACUAAUUUCACAGAAGUCUUGAUAUGCUUAAAAAAUUGUUUAGGGAUUACUUGCACAGAUUUCGUAUUAAAAAGUAAAUGUAAAUGGCAGCUAGAAUUAUAUUAAAGGCUUUCAAAAAAAUGAAAUAGUUUUUAAAUUCAUAUUAGCAGGUACUCUUUCCUUAACCUGCUCUUCCAUAAUCUUCCACAAAGUCAAAUUAAAUGACGCCUGCUAAUAAAUUCUAAUCAUCUCAGUACAAAUAAAACCAAAAGAACUCUAAUUUAAAUAUGCAAAUUCAAAACUCAGACAAUAACAAUAAUAAUUUAUAACCUAACUAAAUAAUUAUUUAUUUUCAUCGUGAUUAAGUGAGGGAGUUUAGUAAAAUAUUUAAUGAUUGCUACAAAUAUAUAUAAAAUUAAGAUUAAGCUUAAAGUAUUUAUGAAGAUAUUAAAAAAAAUCUAUUUUCAAAGUAUGUAAAAAAAGCUGAAAAAGUUUUGGGAUUUCGUGUAAUAGAGAGUUAGGAAUCUAAAAAUCAUAUUUAUUACAGUAAGUAUCCGUUUAACGCUUUAAUGCGUCCUUCAUUAAGAUCAAAGGUUUUGUUCACAAAAACAGAUCAAAAAUAUUACGAAAUGCAAUAUCAUCCCUUCUUCAAUAGAUUUCAUAGCUACAUUAGUUUGCCUAAUAUGGAUAGAGAAUUGAAAAAAUAAAUAAUGACUGAAAAAGAUUGGGAGAAGUUUAAUUAUCUAUGUAAUAAACUAAGAAGAUUUUAAUAAAAAGAAUAUGAGUGCCUUAUGGAAUUUCAAUGCCCAGAUCCGAGUAUAGCUACAGCUUUCACAAAGCAAGUUAUAUCAUACAACUAUAUAGCUUUCCAUGGUUCAGAAGAGGAAAGCUAAAAUUAAGUUAGAGAUUUAUAUAAAGAAUAAGAGGAUCAAUUAAGAAAUAAGAAUAGAUCAAAUGAAUUGGAAGAAACCAAUUUUCUUACUAGUGUAGCUGACUAAGCUGAAUAAAUUUUACCUAAGAAUCAAGAAAGUUUAUAGCAAAAAAAAAAUUAAAAAAAGCCUCUUUUUUUAGUGUUUUUUAAGAAUUAUUUAAUUUAAGUAUCUGCAGCUGUAAAGAUACAAAAAAUAUGGAGAUACCAUAAAAGCAAGCCACAGCAAAUUUAAGUUUUUGCUAUAAUACAACAAAAAAGAGCUUGCAGUAAGCUUCAGCAUUGGUUUCGAAAUAUAAAAUGGUAUCACAAAAGAUCCUUUUACAGUUAGCUUUCAUACUACGUACAUUAACAAAUUAAUACAAACACACUUUUCCUGCAUUACUCUACUUAUGAAGAACUUCCUAAAAUUUAUUAAAAAACUCUCCAAAAGAAAACUCUAACGUUUAAGGAAUAAGACAAUAUGAUUUAGUACUCUCCCUUAAAAGGAACAGCGAGAUUAACUUGGAAUUUUGAUAAUUAAGAGCAAUAAAAAUUCAUAGAAUUAUAAAAAAGAAUUUUCCCAAAGUGGUUAAAAUUGACUGCAGAUUCAAAUACUAAAGAAAUGUCUGAUGAAGAAUAUUGUGGUGAUAUUAUGCAUUUGAUUCAUGUUUCUACAAAAAUAGGAUUAUUGUAGAUUGGAGGAAUGAAGUAUCUUAAAAUUGAAUUUGCUUCCCUCCAAGAAGCUAAAUAUAGAGCAGCAGCCCUUGCUCUAAUAACAUAUAGAUUUAGAAAUAACGGAUACUUUAUUAAGCUCUUUACUUAUUCAUAAAUAUCAAACUAUACAUUUAUACUUUCCGAAGAGACUGAGCUCAAAGCAACCUAUGACAUAAAUUUGAAGUAUGACUAAAAUAGAUGUCUUGCAAAGGAAGAAAAAUCUAUCAACAAUCCUAAUAGUUUAUUCUUAAGCAGCCAAAAUAAAAUAGAAUUUAAUUCGAAGGCUAGCAAGAUUUGCUAAAUGAGCUAAGUUGAAAGCCUUGUCACAUACAAAGAAACUAUGAUUCCCUUGCUCUAAAAGAAAUCCACUUAAAAACUGAGUAACACAAAAAAAUAGAAACCACUUUAAAAACUAGAAUAAGAAUUCAAUUUAUUCUAUAAUGAUUAAAUUUAUAUUUACAAGCCUCAAAAUAAUUAAGUUUUACUUAGUGGUAAAAAUUUAAAUGAAUAGAUAAAAGUUUAAAUUGAAGCUUAGAAUAUUGAAUUGCCUAAUAAAAGGGGACUUCCUUAGCUUUAAAAUGAGAAUUUUGAUUUCUCAAAAAGAGGUUUACCAGUAACUACUAACGAUACUUCUACCAAAUACGCUAAGUCUGAAUUUGAUUCAACAGUUAUAAGUUUUUAUAAAGGAAAUUAGGUUAAUCCUUUAUCAACUUCUCAUAGUAGAUAUCGCAGUAAACCUCUCUUAGACAACUCUUUAAAUAACAUAGUCACUGAUGUUACACUUUUAAAAGACCAGUAAAGGUGUCUAAGCAGAGAUUUCCAAGUUUUACUGAAGGAAAGAGAAGAACAAAGUAUAAUAGCAAAAUAAAAAGGAAUUUAAGAUAGUAAAAAGAGAUCUUAUUUAAUAAAAGAGAUAAAGAAUAUGGAUAAACUCAUUCACUAAAACGAAUAAAAAGAAAUUACCAAUAUUGAGAAGAAGAACAGAGAAUUUACAAAAGAAGUUAAUAUGAAAAUAGAUAUUGAAUAAAAACUGCAAAGAGUCGAAAUUCUAAAGCAAAUUGGGAUGCAAACAAAAAGUGAAGAAAUGUGGGUGCAGAAUUUUAACAGAUCUCAGAACUAUCUAGUUCGCUAAAUGACUUAAAUGAAUAAAAAAAAGGCUUAAGAUGAUCUUAUUAAGCGAAAUGUGGAGAAGGCUAAUAAGGUUAGAGAGAAAAAAUUGCUUGGAACAUCUUAACAAAACAGAACUUAAUCAUCACAUCAUAGAAAUAGAACAGAAUCAUCAUUUUGUUCAAGUUCAAGCAAUCAAAAUAAUUUUAUGUUGGCAAGCUUUUAAGAUUUUGAAAAUCAAUAAAGAGGGAAAAUUGCUAGCAGAGGAGGUGAUAGAACUACAUCCCUUUAACCUGCAUAAAAUCAAUAAUAAUAAAAUCCGUCUUUGGUUUAACUUGGAGUAUACUAAAAUGCUAAGCCUCCUUCAAAUAACAAAAAAAAUGUUAAAAGAUUAAAUACCUCAAGCGAUGUUAUGUAUAGAACAACUACAAAUGCAUCAAAUCCUUUAGAUACAAUUACUGGUUUAAAUACAGAACCAAACGAAAUAUAGAAUAUUAUUAGCUUAGAAUCUACUUUCUAUGGAAUGAACCAAGUUUAUAAUAAAAACUAAAAACUUUUUACAGAAGGAGAUGAAAAAUCACUAGGUAUCCAUACUAGCAAUAGUAAAAACAGUAAGAAGAUAACGCUAAAAAGAAGUUUGGAUAAAGGUUUAAAGACAUAAACUCAAUUUAAUAAUAAAAUAGUGCAUGCAGUAUUUCCAGAGGAAUUCUAUCCAAUUUCUACAGGAUCUAAUUAAAUAAAAUUAAAUAUUCAAAAUUUUUGA